CUGCGCUGCUCGUGGCCGAUUCGUGUUUCUUAUCGGUAUAUUUAUUUGCUUCUGUUCAAGUGAACUUAAUAUGCCCUCGCUCGACCUCUUAGUUCCUUGGCCCGCUUAUCAUUAUCAGCGUGAAUAAAAUGAGACGACGGAAGAAAAGUAUCUGCUGAUAAACAUGGCGCAGUCAAUGAUGAGAAAAAUGGCCAUCAGCAAUAUGUGUGUUGUUGUUGGACUUACAAGAAGAGCGAGUGCAAGAAGCUUGGCAACAAGUAAAACAAUAACAGCAAAGAAAACACAACCUGAAUUGCCAUCUGAGGGGGAGAUCACAAAAUCGGUGUUCAUGUCUCAAUCGACUGAUAUUUAUACAAAUCUUGCAAUGGAAGAUUGGAUGUACCGUAACAUGGAUUUUUCAAACCAUCACAUUAUGAUGGUGUGGCGUAAUGAGCCAUGUGUUGUGAUUGGAAGACAUCAAAACCCCUGGCUUGAGGCCAAUGUGCCGUUUUUGGGAGAGAAAGAAAUUUCCUUGGCUCGCCGUAACAGUGGUGGUGGCACUGUGUAUCAUGACCGCGGAAACCUCAACAUCACAUUCUUUACUCAUCGAGACAGAUAUGACAGGAAGUACAACUUGGAAGUUAUAAAAAGGGCCCUGUACAGAGGCUUUGGAAUAAAAUCUCUCAUCAAUGAACGUCAAGAUAUUCUUGUUAGAGACAAAUAUAAAAUAUCUGGAACUGCUGCUAAACUUGGUCGUUUAUCUGCAUAUCACCACUGCACACUUCUAGUCAACGCCAACAAGGCUGAUCUCAGCAAAGCACUUGCUAAACGAGAGCAUGGCAUACAGACAAACGCGACGCCGUCGACGCCCUCGCCCGUAGCCAACCUGGCCGACGUGGACAACAGGGUCACUGUUGAGAGCCUGCAAACCGCUAUCGGCUAUGAGUACUUGAGAACGCCGGCCCUGCACAUUGAGGACGCUGGCGAACGGCACAUAUCGAAACAGAGGGGCUUCCAGUUCAUCAAUCCUACCGACGACUGGUUCCCAGGUCUCGCUGAAUUGAGGAGCGAGCUGACCACCUGGGACUGGUGUUAUGGACGCACUCCGGAGUUCACUGUGAGCCGGUCGUUCCCCGUACCGGCUGAACUCCUCGCGCCAUCCAAGAUCUAUUCGGCCACUCAAGAGCUGGUCAUCAGCAUGACGGUGGAGAAGGGGCUGAUCAAUGACGUCACGCUCAAUAUACCCCCCGGUUUGGUCGAAUCCGGGUUCCACGGUGAAGCGUCGGUUAUCACGCAUCUGAAGGGAAAACGGUUCACGUCAGAAGCUUUGGCCGCCCUCGAAGACGCGAUGCUCACGCGCCACGUGGCCAGCGAUGUGAGGAAAUUGGACGAAAAAGAACAGUUCGUCGCGAAAUGCUUCGAUCAAGUGGUCAACACUGUUUAAGUCUGUGUUAUACGUAAAAUGGUGCUAUGUUCUUAGUAUAAGUAUUAUCACUUUAUAAUUGUUGUUUGUCAAGUGGCUGUAAAUUUUAUCGUUAAAUGAUUAUGAUGGUUGGUUCAAAGGGCGAAAGCGAAUAUUAUAUGUACCUACUUAUUAAAUCUGUUUACGAAAUGUUUUGUGUCGUUCUAUGAGCUUCCAUAUUAACCAUAUAUUUACGUUAGAUAUUGUAUUUAUUGUGAUUAAUGUUUGUUCUUUAUUUGCUUUGUUAUUUUGUGUUCUUUUAGUUAAGUGUUAUAAUAUUGUUAAAAACGUGGAAUCGCAGUGACUAGAUAUAUAUUUUGUGCAAUAAAAGAUGACUGUAAAUGAUCAUUCGAGUCUUAAUUUGUUUAUAAUGUCAUCGUAAUGACAAAAUUUAAACAUAGUGAACACUAGAGAACUAAUUACUAUUAAUGAUUUGUUGAAAUUGAAAAAAUAAAUUAUUUUAAUUGUCACUGCGGUUCUGCAGGCAAACACGCAAGUCGCACGCUAGUGUCGAGCGCUACAAGAAUGCAUCAUAUCAUUUGUUUUAAUUUUUAACAGGAUUAAUUUGUACAGCCUGUAGUUAUCAUGAUUUUGCUUAUUUUUCUGACUUUUAAUACAAUUUCUUUGUCUUUAUACCCUUUGUUAGAUAUUCGCAGCUGGUACUUUUCUAUAUGAAAAGUAAUUUGUAGAUUUUAUUCGCUUAAUUUAGCUUUAUUUCUUUACUGCAAUGUAUAAUAUAAUAAAAAAUACUAAUGCGAAAAUUAUUUUUAAUGUAAUGCUUAUAUGCUAAUUUGUAGGUAGGACAUAUGGAAAUAAAUACUGUGGUAUACA